CGUUUGUGGAGGGCGCACGCAGCGCGAGACGAGCGGCCGCCCCUGACCUCGCGCCUCCCGCCGCCGGAGCCCGCCAGCCCGGGUGUCUGAGUAUUUAAAUCAAACAGUUUUGAGAUGGAUUGGGUUAUGAAACAUAAUGGUCCAAAUGAUGCAGCUAGUGAUGGAACAGUACGACUUCGUGGACUCCCAUUUGGGUGCAGCAAAGAAGAAAUAGUUCAGUUCUUUACAGGGUUGGAAAUCGUGCCAAAUGGGAUAACAUUGACGAUGGACUACCAGGGGAGAAGCACAGGGGAGGCCUUCGUGCAGUUUGCUUCAAAGGAGAUAGCAGAAAAUGCUCUGGGGAAACACAAGGAAAGAAUAGGGCACAGGUAUAUUGAGAUCUUCAAGAGUAGCAGAAGUGAAAUCAAAGGAUUUUAUGACCCACCAAGAAGAUUGCUGGGACAGCGACCUGGACCAUAUGAUAGACCAUUAGGAGGAAGAGGGGGUUAUUAUGGAGCUGGGCGUGGAAGUAUGUAUGACAGAAUGCGGCGAGGAGGUGAUGGAUAUGAUGGUGGUUAUGGUGGUUUUGAUGAUUAUGGUGGCUAUAACAAUUAUGGCUACGGAAAUGAUGGAUUUGAUGACAGAAUGAGAGAUGGCCGAGGCAUGGGAGGACAUGGAUAUGGUGGUGCUGGUGAUGCAAGUUCAGGUUUUCAUGGUGGCCAUUUUGUUCACAUGAGAGGGUUGCCUUUUCGGGCAACUGAAAAUGAUAUUGCUAACUUUUUCUCACCACUAAACCCAAUUCGAGUUCAUAUUGAUAUUGGAGCAGAUGGCAGAGCAACAGGAGAAGCAGAUGUGGAAUUUGUGACGCACGAAGAUGCUUUAGCUGCCAUGUCUAAAGAUAAAAAUAACAUGCAACAUAGAUACAUCGAACUGUUCCUGAAUUCUGUUGCUGGAGGAGGCUCUGGAAUGGGAGCUUCUGGAAUGGGAGGCUAUGGCAGAGAUGGAAUGGAUAAUCAAGGAGGUUAUGGAUCUGUUGGAAGAAUGGGAAUGGGUAGCAGUUACAGUGGAGGCUAUGGUACUCCUGAUGGUUUAGGAGGUUAUGGUCGAGGAGGUGGAGGCAGUGGAGGAUACUAUGGGCAAGGAGGUAUGAGUGGAGGUGGAUGGCGUGGGAUGUACUAAAGAGUUAACCCUUCUACAACACAUCCUGGCAAACCACAGCAUCGGUCUACUAGACUUUCUUACGGAUUUACUUUCUUUUGUAUUUUAAGAACUUUAUAAUGACUGAAGGAAUGUGUUUUCAAAAUAUUAUUUGGUAAGCAACAGAUUGUGAUGGGAAAAUCUGUUUCUGUAGGUUUUAUUUGUUGCAUACUUUGACUUAAAUAAAUUUUUAUAUUCAAACCACUGAUGUUGAUACUUUUUAUACUAGUUACUCCUAAGGAUGUACUGCAUACACAAGAAUUUGGUUGAUGUCUUAUUUACUACUGGUUUUAAUAAAAAGGUGGUUGUAAUGUA